CCGCAUGUUUUAUAAAGGUGAUCGUCAUCGUAACUUGCGCAGAGGAAACUAGAAACCCGAGAUUAAAUUCUCGAGUUUCGGAUUUAAGAUCUUCAGGGCAUGUCAUCUUCGUUGUCGCUAUUGGUCCUUUAUCUGAAGGAACUUUGCAAAUAUUAAGAAGUGUGGUGGCACAAGCUGAUGACUUCAUUCAUGUCGAUCGAAUAUGGAAACUUACCGACCUUAAGGAUUUGGACAAACGACUUGCUGAAACAUACGGUUGUGACCCCUGUAUUCCUAAUCCAUGCGUGUAUGGUUCCUCAUGCAUGCCUCAAGCGGACGGAGGUUUACGAUAUCGAUGUCGCUGCCCUUCAGGGUAUAUUGGUGGCGUGUGCAGGGGAACAGUUCCUUGCGGAAAUACAUUCUGCACGCCGAACGAGGUUUGCAACAAACUUGGAUCAUCCAUGCGUUGUAUCAACCCAUGCAAACCAAACCCGUGUCAACACGCUGGUGUGUGUACAGUUGCCCCUACAUCUACAGGUUUUGUGAACUGUCAAUGUCAGAACGGUUACAGUGGCACUCGAUGCGAGAGAAGCAUUCGAGCCUCGCAAUGCGAUGGCUUUAAUUGUCUGAACGGUGGGAGGUGUAAAGUAAACGUUGUUAGUCAGCGGCCAUUUUGUGAAUGUUAUGAAAUAUAUGUUGGACCGAGAUGUGAGCUAACUCCAUGUGAUAACGUCCAGUGUGCCAACGGAGGAACCUGUGUAAUAACAAGCACAUACCAACCAGAGUGUAUUUGCGCUGGGCAAUUCACUGGACCUCGCUGCACGGAAGGAAACUUACUAUGUGCCACACAUGUGUGUUUGAAUGGCGGUUCAUGCGUUGAACGACCACAGGUCGGGGCAUCGUGUCUUUGUACGUUGGAAUGGACGGGCAGUAACUGCCAACAACCCAAACCAUCUCCUUGUGAAAAAUUGGUUUGCAAAAACCGUGGUCAGUGUAAAGUGAAAUCUGAUGGAACCCCAGUUUGCAUAUGCGACCAUUUCUACAUUGGACCAACAUGCGAACAAACACCGUGUGAUAACUACAGUUGCUUCAAUGGCGGCACCUGUGUGAUCGGUAGUCGGCCUUCUUUUAUUCCAUACUGCGUUUGUAGCUCUGAUUAUUCAGGGAUAAACUGUAGAGUAAAGAAGACGAAUCCGUGUGCAACAUUCCAAUGCUU